AUGGAUAUAGAUUAUAUUAUAAAUAAUAAUGCAAAAUUCGAUCAAGACAAGGAUAAAGAUAAUAGAAAUCAAAUCAAAACAACAAUCACAACAGGUAAUAUUGGUUCAAUAAAAGUCAAUUUCACACAAAAUACAAUCACAUGGAGUGGUAACAUAUAUCCAUAUUAUACCACAGAAAAAGAAUGUUCAUCUAAAUACUAUGAACAUGGAAUAUGCGAUAAAACAACAGGUACAUGCAAAUGUAAUUCAGAAUACACAGGUUUCGAUUGUUCAUCACCAAUUAAUAACAAUAAUAAUAAUAAUCAAGCAGAAACAGAAACAGAAACAGAAACAGAAACAGAAACAGAAACAGAAACCAAUAACUAUGGAACAGUUAUAAUUAAAAAUCAAUUUAUAGGAUAUUCAAUAUCGAUUCAAUUAUAG